GUACACUCAUUAGCUCAGUUCAGACCUGUGAUAUAGACGAGCAGUGAAGGAGUGCAGUAGUGUGUAAGCAGCAUGCCUCCGAGCAUCGCACAGCUUCACAGUGACGUCAUGUGGGCACUGAGUACGUCACAAGCCGUCUUUAGUUGAUGUGUUCUUUCUUGUUCCUGCUGCUCCUCUUCUUUGGGGGCAGCUAGGCUUUGCUCUGCUCCUCAUACCAACCAAAGAGUCCAAGCAUGGACUGUACAUUAUAAAGAGCCCGAACUGUAAAAUAAAGGUUCAAAAUCUUGUAGAAAUGCAGUGCUUUGCAGACAAUAUAGUUAACAAAACAAUGAGCCCAACUUAAAUGGAGUUUGUGUUAACGGGUGUGAGGACCCGGAUUGUCCGCUAAGGGGAGUGUUGGCGGCGGCGGCGGCGGGCGGGUCGACCCGGUGGGUGGGUGCGUUUCCGCAGCAACAGGGAAGAUGGCAGCUCUCACAUCUCUGACCCAGCUGUCAAGUGGGAAUCCUGUAUAUGAGAACUUGUACAGACAGGUGGAUCCUGGGAAUACAGGGAGAGUUGGACCAACAGAAGCUGCUCUGUUUUUAAAAAAGUCUGGACUCCCUGACAUCACACUGGGAAAGAUCUGGGAUUUGGCCGAUCCUGAUGGCAAAGGGUACCUGGACAAACAGGGCUUUUAUGUAGCACUGCGGCUGGUGGCCUGUGCACAGAGUGGUCAGGAAGUCAGCCUGUCCAGCCUCAACCUUACAGUACCUCCACCCAAGUUUAAGGACACCAGCAGUCCAUCUCUAAGCAGCACAGCUUCUGCCCCAAGCGAAUUACACUGGGCUGUCAGGCCUGAGGAGAAGAGUAAAUUUGAUGGGAUCUUUGAGAGUUUGGCUCCAGUUAAUGGUCUGCUGUCCGGAGAGAAGGUCAAACCAGUCCUUAUCAACUCCAAGCUACCUCUGGAUGUCCUUGGGAAGGUUUGGGACCUGAGUGACAUAGAUAAAGAUGGUCACCUGGACAAAGAUGAGUUUGCAGUGGCCAUGCACCUGGUGUACCGGGCCCUGGAGAAGGAGCCUGUUCCUGCAGUCCUCCCCUCUGCCCUCAUUCCUCCAUCUAAGAGAAAGAAGAGUCUGGGCUCAGUGUCCGGCUCCGUGCCUGGACUGCCCGCGAGCCCCCCACCACCCAAAGACUCACUGCGCUCCACACCCUCCCACGGCAGCAUGAACUCACUGAACAGCACUGGCAGCCUUUCACCCAAACACUCUCUGAAGUCUGGACAGCAUUCAUUGAUGUGGGUGGUCCCAGUGUCAGACCGUGGUCGCUAUGACGACAUCUUCCUGAAGACAGAUGCUGAUCUGGAUGGUUUUGUCAGCGGACAUGAAGUGAAGGACAUCUUCAUGCAGUCUGGACUGACUCAGAACCUCCUUGCCCAUAUAUGGGCUCUGGCAGACACCAGGCAGAUUGGUAAACUGACCAGGGAGCAGUUUGCCCUCGCAAUGCAUCUUAUCCAGCAGAAGGUCAGCAAAGGCAUCGACCCUCCACAGACCCUGACGGCUGACAUGAUCCCCCCAUCUGAGAGAGGCACUCCUGUACCAAGUAUGUCAGGAUACAUGACCCCAGUGGGAUCAGAGAUGGCUGCUCUCUCUGAGAUGAGACGGGCUGUAAUGUUCAAGUUGUGGGACAGCUCAAGCUCAGUGGGCUCAGGGGAGUUCACUGGCAUCAAGGAGUUGGAUGAUAUCAGCCAGGAGAUAGCCCAGCUGCAGAGGGAGAAGUACACUCUGGAGCAGGACAUCAGGGACACAGAGGAGGCCAUCAGACAUAAGAGUGCAGAGGUGCAGGAGAUGCAGAAUGACCUUGACAGAGAGACAGCCAGCUUGCAGGAGCUGGAGGCUCAGAAACAAGAUGCCCAGGAGCGCCUGGACGAGAUGGAUCAGCAGAAACAUAAAUUAGAGGAUAUGCUGAAUGAAGUCCGCAUGAAGUGCCAGGAAGAGUCUCAAAUGAUCUCAACCCUCCAGAGUCAGAUCCACUCCCAGGAGUCAGACCUGCAGAGCCAGGAAGAGGAGCUGAGCCGGGCAAAGGCUGACCUGGGCCGACUGCAGCAGGAGGAGAACCAGCUGGAGCAGAGCCUGGCUGCUGGCAAGAUCCAACUGGAGACCAUCAUCAAGUCUCUGAAGGCCACGCAGGACGAGAUCAACCAGGCCCGUAGUAAGCUGUCCCAGAUUCAGGACAGCCAGCAGGAAGUGUCUAAAAGCAUUGAGCAGUACAACAGUACCUUGAAUGGAACACAUGGCGGCAGUAUGACCAACCUGGCUGACAUGAGCGAAGGCUUCAGUGACAGAGAGAACGGAGGGUUUCCAGCCAUGGUGAGAUCAGCACAGGAGGAUCCAUUCAAAGUGAAGCCUUCAGUGUUUAACAGCCAGCCUCAGGAGCUUCCGCCUGACCCUUUCCACUCUGAAGACCCCUUCAAAACAGACCCUUUCAAAGGUGACCCUUUCCAAAAUGACCCUUUUGCAAAGCAGCCAUCAGCAGCCACAGAUCCUUUUGGAGGAGACCCAUUCAAAGAGACAGAUCCAUUCAAGGCUUCGUCAGAAGAUUUCUUUAAGAAGACCACGAAGAUUGACCCCUUCUCCACACCAGACCCCUUCAGUAAAAGUGCCACAUUACCCUCCAAGCAAACCAGUCACUUCACAAGCAGUGACCCAUUCUCUUCAAGCAACCCUAAACCCAAAGGACCAGACCUGUUUGGCACUUUGGACCCGUUUGGCAGCAAUUCGUUCAGUAGCAGCAGUAACAGCUCUGCUGGAUUUGCAGACUUCAGCCACAUGUCAAAGCCCAGGGACCCCUUUGAAGGCAGGACCAGCUGGCUGCCAGACUACCAAAAGUCAGUGUUUGUGGAUGACCCAUUCAGCAGAAAGAAUGACACGCCAGCUCUACCACCCAAGAAAAGUGUUCCUCCAAGACCCAAACCGCCUAGUGGUAAGAGUACACCAGUGAGCAUGUCUGGCACAGCUGACCCUUCCAAACCAUGUGACCCCUUCCAACCCUUUGGAGGUGACACCAUCGACCCGUUUCAGAGUAAAAAGGGCCCGGGAGACCCGUUCAGUGGCAAAGACCCUUUUGCUCCAUCCUCAGCAUCAAGUAAAAGUCCUAAAGACUCUACCUCGGGUUUUGCAGACUUCAGUUCUGACCUGACAAAGUCAAGUUUGGGAACGAGGCUCAGCAGUUGGAGUGGGCAAAGCGAGAGAGUGAGAGAGCCGAACGUGAGCGUCUGAAGAGGCUUCGACAGCAGGAACAGGAGGACCUGGAGCUGGCCAUUGCCCUCAGCAAGGCUGAGAUGUCCAAUGCGUGACCAGGAACACCCACCACACACACAAUUGUACACAUUCACGGACACACACAAACACAGCGGAUUGGCAGGUUAACAUGCAGGCAGACAUGAGGGACAUCUACAUAUACAGACACAAAGCACAUCACUGGACUAACUCUGUUCAUACAAACUCUGAUCCACACACACAUGCACAGGACCUGUACCUCAGCUCUCUACAUUCCCCACACUCAUCAACUCAGUCUGGCAUGAGAAACAAGACAACAACACUGAGAGUCGACAGCUCGUUGUUGCAAAAUCGUCUGACAGACAGGUGAAGGAGGAGAGCAGGAGGAGGCCAGAGGGAAACAAACGGAUCACUGUGUUUAUGCGCUAUAGUGGCUGGACAUUAAUGUGAUGAACCAAGCAGACGAGCUGCUGAUGGAACCACAAAAAAAACACAAAUUCAGACUAUUUUCAUCAGUUCUCCAAAGCAGCAGUAGAGAAAAUAAUACCACAAUUCAAACUGCCCAGGUAUUUCUUAAAAGGGAUUUUUUUCCUCAUACAGGGUGACAUGGAUAUACUGUAUCUCUGGCCUACUGAUGGCAUAGUCUGUGUCAGUUAGUAUUUAGUCUUGAGGUGUUUUACUGCAGACUGGGCUGUUCAAAAAGUUGUUUUUUAUAGAGAAAACUGAAUUGAAAUUUUUAUUUAUUGUUUUUUAUUUCAGGAUUUACUGUCACUAACCCAGACUUGGAUAAGAAGUGAAAAGCUUGAUAUUAGUUGAGUUUUUUCACCUCUGCUGGAGGCUUAUUGUUUUCCCUCUGCUGUGUGUGAACAAGGCUAAACUCCAUUGGAUGUACAGAAAAUUAAAUUCUCAUCUGACUCUGGGUGGGUUGAAGCAUACAGUGGAGAUCAAAAUUAGAGAACAAUUAAUUAAUACUUGAUUUCUUCUGAAAUAUUUUUAUUUUCAUUGUUCAGAAUUUGAUAGAAUAUCAGCAUUGGCUAUACCACUGCUGUACUAGCAUGUUUUUUUAAAUAACCAAAGGUACUUCAACAAAAACCUUUAUUUUGUGAAAAAAACAGUGAGCAACUGUGUCAGAAGAGAAGAUUCAAACAUUAAUAGGAAGUGUAGAGGCCUUUGCUUUGAAUAACUUCAGCACAUCUGCGCCCACAGGACAUCACUAGUUUCUCACACUGCUCUGGUUUGAUCUUGGUCCACUCUUCUUGCAGUCUCUUCCACACUUUUGUCACUGAAGUGGGUUUCUUAGCCAUUACUUUGUCGCAAAGGAUUUUCCAGAGAUUCUCUAUGGGGUUUAGAUCUAGACUCUGGGCUGGCCAUUUCAUUGUUUCAAUAUUCUUAGCCUCAAGGAACUGCUUAACCCGUUUUGCAGUGUGACAGGGGGCAUUGUCUUGCAUGAAAAUUGCGGGCUGAUUGGGAGCCAAUUGCAGUGAAGGAAUUGCAUGUUGCCGAAGGAGGUUCACAUAAACAUUUGCAUUCACCCUGCCAUGUAGCUGUACAAGAGGCCCAACUCCUGCUGCAGAAAACAUCCCCCAAACCAUGACACUUCCUCCUCCAAAUUUGACUGACUUCUUUACACACUUUGGGUUCAGUCUUUCCCCAUUUCAACGCCGAACAUAAUGUUUCCCAUCAGACCCAAAUAAAUUGAACUUACUCUCAUCACUGAAGUGCACUCUAGGCCAGCUCUCUUCUGUCCACACAACAUGCUCCUCAGCAAAGGCAAAUCUAGCCUUUUUAUUCUUUCUGCUGAUGAGGGGUUUGGUCACUGCUGAGUGGGCUUUCAGUCCAAAUUGUCUUAAAUGGUGAGACACUGUGUGCCGAGACAGAUCCUUGCCCUGUUCAGCACUAAACUGGCGAGUAAUUCCAGCUGCAGUGUUGAACCGAUUCCCCAUUGAGAGUAAUCGCAUAGUCCUGUCCUCUCGUGCACUUGUUUUACAUGGACGACCAGCCUUUUUGGGGGUCUUAAAUGAAUCUGUGUCCUUGUAAAGUUUCAAUAUUCUUGAAAUCACAGACUUGGAACGCCCAAACUCUCUUGCAAUGGCUGAGAUGGUCAUCCCUUUGGCCUUCAUCUGGACAGCCUGCUGUCGCAGGGUUUCAGUCACCUUAGAGUGGCCUGCCAUCUUGCAAUCCCAGGGAAAAUCUGCACAACCUGUCUAUUUUGUUCAGUCACUGCACAUUAGCAAUCCCGCGAGUCUUAAAUGUUUGUCACCAGACUGAUAUCUCUCAACCGUCUCACAUUUACCAACAAGGGCAAGACAAAACCCUGAUUUUUUGCACCAAUGCCAACUGUUCUGUAGCAUUUGCCACAUUGUGAUGGAACACAAACGUAUGUCAUCGGAAAAAAAAUUUCUACAAUUAUUUUAGCAUUUUUCAGUUGCUCAUUCAGUUUCUUUCUGAAAUCUGUCGUGGCAAAAAACAGGAUAACAGGCAUUGCAGUGUUGUUUUUAUAAAAGCUGCCAUGAUAUCAGGCAUGUUAGGCCACAUCAGAAAAGUCUGCAAAAUCCUGGAGAGACUGUCACCUCAUGUUCACCACUGUUGCAUGACAUAAACUGAGAUAAGGGCCUCAGGCACUGCUUGCAUUAUGAGCUGUUCAUGGAGGGGCCAGGUUAAACUGUGCCCUCCUGUCAUUUCACGUGUUCUCUGAGUGUAACACCCCCACUUUGUAAUGCCUCUCUUUAAGUUUAUCGUCUCUGAGCCCAAGCUGAGACAACCCCAGUGAUUUCAUUAUGAUUUAUUAUUACAGUCCUCUUCCAAAUCACUUUUUACAGGCAUGAAAAGAGUUGUACUCUGUUGUUAGAGUUGUACUGUCCAUGAUGCGUACAUUGAUAUUUAUGUGUUCUUUUAUUAGUAUUUUAUUGGCCUUUCGUGACUUUAUUAGGAAGGACAGCUUGAGAGAUGACAGAUAACGGGGUGAGAGAGAAGGGUGACUUGCAGCAAAGGGUGAUAGGUUGGACUCGAAUCCUGGGCGGGGACACAGCCUCUGUAGUUGUGUUGCGUGCUCUACCAACUGAGCUACUGGGGCCUACAUUGAUAUUUAUGUGUAACUUUAAGGCCUUUAUUAUUUGUUCAUAUUGUGUUUGCAUGGUGCAUAUUCUUCAUUAAUCAAAUUGUCUCUCAGUAAUACUGACAGCUAAUUAACACAUGCAGGGGGAGUCAGUAGGGAUCUGCCUGUUGCUCUGAGGGUUCCUGCAGGUUAAUUUGGCAUCCAACCCAGAGAGUCUGUUGGAGACAGUCAGAGUGAGGUACAUCCAACCUUUGGCUCAGUGAAAAAGACAAUUGUUAAACAACACUAGUCAGACAUGUUCACGUUACGCUCUUGAAAAUAGCAACUGCUCAUCAGCUGUGUUAAAAAGCUAAUGAAGAUCCGUUCCACUGAUUCCCCCUGAGGUGACAGGUACCUGGCAAGUGAAAACAAGAGUUUACUAUGUCGACAUAUGCUGUGAAGUGACUGUAACAAAGUGUACAGAUAUAUAUUUUCUUUGUCAAUGAGUGGGAAUGGACUGUGAGCUGCAGUCCUCUCUCCCUCUGUCUAGUGUAUAUAGAUAAACAGAGCUAACUAUGCCUCUUUACCACUGCUGGGCUCUGAUCUCAAUGCUGUAAUGUUACACACACAUCCAACACAUGAAAGGCAAGAUAAGGGAUUUCAUUUUUCUACAGUUGGCCUUGUUUUCCUGUUAGAGAGCGAGGGUUUUAACACGUUUUUAUUUCUUGAGCCAGUUGUUAGAUUAUUUUGACAUUUUUUUGUUUUAAACCAACAUCCAAUGUAUGUAUGUAUAUAGUUGUUCCGUGCUAUAAUUUGUAGUUGACUUUUAGUCAUUCCAGUGCUCCACAGACCAGGCAGCACAAGCUGCAGUUUGUUGGAAAAUUUUUUGAACUGGGUGAAGUCAGGUGUCAUUAAGAUGGAAACAGUCCUA